CAGGGGUCUUUAUGUCUAGACCACUCACGUUAACCGAAGAUCUGGGGGCGUUAUUUUUUUAGUGGUGCCAUGUUUUUCUGGCUUUGCGGCUGAUGCUGCGUUGAGUUCACCAAAUAUUUAUUGAAACAUCACGUCAUUUGUGCUACAAAACUGAAAACCCCAUUGUCGGUAGAAUUUAUUGCACUGCAUUUAAAUAAAACGAUGAUUGUUUUCGCGCUAUCGCCCAGCCAGCUCAGAAGCGGCCGCUCCCCAACUGAGAGCGCGGAGAACCCAGCUCUGGCAACUUGCUCCUCUGAAUCCUCCCCCAAAUACUUUCCCGCCGGAUCCGGCCUCCAUAUGACGGACGGCGAGCAGCAGGAUGCGCUGGUCAAACGGGCCGAGGACGAGCGCGAGGACAUCUUCCGGCGCUACGAGCUGGGCUUGGAUCCCAGCAACGUGGUAGACUCCUGGGAGAAUCCAACUUUGGAGAUCUAUCACAAGACAGACAAAUAUGGCUUUAUGCACGACUCCCGCCUACCGUCGACGCGGGAUGCCCAGGAGAAGCAUCGCACCAAGAUCGAGCUGGAGCGAGACAUGAAGUGGAUGAAGAUGCUCAACCAGUGGCCCCCGCCUCAGGAUAAGCUGCAUAAGCGCGUAUACAAGGGCAUACCGAAUCGUGUGCGCAUACUAGCAUGGAAUAAGCUGCUAAAUGUAGAGCAUUCGAUAGAAAGCAAUGCUGGCGUCUAUUCGCGCAUGCUGCUGCUGGCCAGGAAGUACUCUACGGAGACGCGACAGAUCGAUGCGGAUGUGAAUCGGCAGUUUCGUGACAAUAUGGCCUUUCGUGAGCGCUACAGCGUGAAGCAGUGCUCGCUGUUCAACGUUCUCAACGCCUACAGCAUCUACAACUCGGAGCUGGGCUACUGCCAAGGCAUGGCCUGUGUGGCCGGUGUGUUGCUGCUUUUCUUGCAUGAGGAGCAGGCCUUCUGGGCACUGAAUACCCUGAUCACAGACCAUAAAUACGGAAUGCACGGGCUGUUUAUUGAGGGAUUCCCUAAGCUGACGCGAUUUAUUGACCACCAUGAUCGCAUCAUGUCAAAGAUAAUGCGUAAACUACACAAGCACUUUACCAAACACAACGUAGACGCACUUUUGUACGCCAUUAAGUGGUUCUUCGUCGUCUUCGUGGAGCGGGUCCCUUUCAGUUUAAGUCUACGCGUGUGGGACAUUUUCAUGUUAGAUGGAGAUCGCGUUAUUCUGUCCAUGGCCAUUACCAUUCUGUAUCUUCACAAAGACGAGCUGCUGCGCCUGAAAGACAUGGACGCCAUUAUUGAGUAUUUGCAAGUAAAGCUGCACAAGAACUUCGGUUACAGCGACGACGACGCCAUUCAGGCCCUGGAACGAGUGAUGAAGAAACUCAAGGACCUCAAGCUGGAUGUGCCGCCGCCAGCCAAGUCGAAUGAGUUCCCCACCCGCAAACUGGGCGUCUUUGUGGAGGCGGACAUGGAGAAGAAGAUCGGGCGCAGACGCAACGAUUACACAGACGCAGAGAAACAAGUCAUAACAGAUGUGAUAUCAAGACAAGAACAAAAUGCGAUUGAGGUUCAAUCCACAGUGUCCUAUGAGACUUCAGAGUGCGCCACGGUUACGCUUACUGUUCCCGAGGAUUCCCACUCAAUACGAAGUUCGCUUGCAGGUACUUCAGUUGCCUCGCACGGCUCGUCGGAGACCAUGUCACUGGAGGACAAUAAUAUCCACCUGAGGACCGCCAACAUGCUGCAGAGCACUCCGCAGCGUGAGAUGCUUCUGGGCACCUGACGUCAGCUGCCGCCUGCGUUUUCCACGGCACAGGCAGCUGCAGAUACUCGCCACCCACUAACUACAGCCACCUCUACGGGGCUAGGAGUAGCAGGAGCUUCAGGAGUUAGUCCCAUUUGUUCACCAAGAGCUACCCCCACGCCGCCUCCCGUGCCGCCUAGAUCUCCGCUGACGCUGGGAUGACUAGCAAAGCAAAAGGCAGCGACAAACCGCAGUGAGAUCACUUAGUUUCUGAUGCUCGUCGUCGUCUGCCUUUGCUUAGCUUUAAGUAUUCUAGACCUGCCACCGCAAAAACCACUACAACUAGGACUUUCUUAGGGGCCGUAGCAUUAGCAGGCAUCAAGCUUCCAGAAGUCAGGUGUUACACCCUUUGUAUAUACUCCACGGGUGAACAUAUUGUUCUAGCAGAGAAACUUCGGACACGACUUGUUAGUGGAAACCGUUUCUGGGAUAGAUGCGCCAAAUUAAACUUAAAGAAGUUACAAGUCGAACAUUUGAUAAAAGCAAUCGAGAAUUACAUACGCAAAAUGAUAAUGGAACAAUAUUAAAACAAGAGCAAAUCGUAUCUAAUACAACUACAAAGCGGUUAGAAAUCUAUUAUAUUGCAUAUUGAAUUCAACUCCAAAUAUAUAUUAUAGAAAUUGUUGUAAAUUGUACUUGUAUAUACGUACCGAACAAAAUACAAAGCAACGUUAAAAUGUUACGUCCAUGAAAUGCAAACGAAUGUAAAGGCGAAAGGCAACCAAAUAUAAAUUAAAAUCGAAUGAUUACUCUAGAUAUAUGUAUAGUUAUACCAGCAUAGCAGAACAAACUGACAAAUGUAUUUAUAAUUAAUUUCAUGAUUAACCUUUACAAGAACAUGAAUCACUAGCUUAAGUUUCUCGGCAAACGGAAUUAUGAUUAAUUAAGUUUAAAUUAUGUUCAAGAGUGUUUCAAAAUAAAACUGUCAACUGAAGCUAAGCUAA